UUACCCACUGCUCCGGGCCUUCUGGGUGCAGCCCUUCGCAGAGAGAGAAAGGCAGCAAAGCAGCCUGGCGCCCUGGGCUGCUGGGGUGGGGGACCCGACUUCUUCGGCCCCCUUCCCCGUGCCAAUGGGGCAGCCCCACAUCCACGGGCGCCGGCACCCCGGAAGCCCCCACCCCGGCCCCCGGCUUUUGAAGAAGGAAGCUGCAGCCCCGCCGCGCCCGACCCGAGCCGGCUGAGAAUGCGCCCUGUAUGCAGGGACCCGCUGGCCCCCGGGCCCGGAGGCGAUGUGUAGGCAGCGACCCCCCAGCCCAGGAGCAGGCUCGCUCCCGCGGCCGCCUGCUGGGGUCUCUCCUGGCCGCCGGCCCUCGGGGACGCCCCUGCUCGCCGCGCCCCUCCCCGGGCCGUGGCGUCCCCGGAGCCUCGCAGUAUUUCCUCCCUGCACCUUUAAGAAGACCGCUGCUCUGUGGUGGGAUGGUGUGUUAGAGCCACACAGAGGAAGUUACGCAGCCCGGAUCAGGCCGAGAGAUAAAAGCCCGAUGGUGAUCGCCAGAGAUGGCAAGAGGAUUGCGCCUGGGCAUUAACUUGGAGCGGCGCGCGGGGGGGCCCUGAGCGCCCAGCCAUCUGGCCCGCGCCCUGCUGGGGCGGGGAGGGGUGAUGUCCCGGCGCCCCGACCGGCAGCAGCCGCGGAGCCCACCCAGGCUAGGGGCUGCGGGGCGCGCGAGCGCGGCUGCUCCCCAAGCCGCCCGGGGGGCCCCAAAAGUUUGCACUUGUUAGCUGGCGACCUCGGACUCGGAUGCGGGCUGCGCGCGCGGCCCCCUCCCCCGGCCCCAGCGGCCGGGACAGCAGCAGGCGGCGCCCCCGGCGGCCCCAGGGCGCUCCGGCCCCGGCGUGACGCCCCCCCACCCCGGCCUCGCCGCACCCAGCGCCGCACGAGGACGGCGGCGGCCUCGGUCUGCGCCCCGGAGCCGCCGAGCCGGGCCGGAGGGCUGUUACAUGGUGGUGCUGAGCGCAUUAUACAUUAAGGGCCCUUUAAAGACCUGGAUUGAUUGGAAGGACAAAAUUAAAAGCAACCCAACCCAGGCCCACCCGGAUCCCUGCGGAUUUUCUCCUUAUCCCAUUUCCCUUCACCCUCACAAUUUGAGCGCCUGCCUGAUUUGAUCAGAUUCACCUCCGGGGGAGGUGUCCACGCCAAGGUUAGGAGGACACAAAGUUCCAGGGCGACUUCUUCCUCUGCCCAUCAGCAGUCUUGAGAAACGCUGGCUCUGAAUUUUUCGCAGCGGCCUUCUGGAAAAGCGAGUUCCUCGCCGUUUGCAAACCUGCAGCGCUCAAGCCUCUGGGACAUGCCGGCCACUGCCGCCCGGUCCAUGUGGCUUUUCCAUGCUGAGGCCCAGAGUCCCGCCUGAGCCCGCGGCUGCCUCCCCAGGGCGUGUCUGGGCCGCGCCCCCGAGGCCUGCACAGCCAUGCUGCACCUGCUGCCGCUCCUGCUGCGCUGCCUCUCCCUGGCCUCCGCGGACUAUGACAUCUGCAAAUCCUGGGUGACCACGGAUGAGGGCCCCACGUGGGAGUUCUACGCCUGCCAGCCCAAGGUGAUGCGCCUGAAGGACUACGUCAAGGUGAAGGUGGAGCCCAAGGGCAUCACGUGCGGGGACCCCCCAGAGAGGUUCUGCUCCCACGAGAACCCCUACCUGUGCAGCAAUGAGUGUGACGCCUCCAACCCCGACCUGGCACACCCGCCCCGGCUCAUGUUUGACCGCGAGGACGAGGGCCUGGCCACCUACUGGCAGAGCGUGACCUGGAGCCGCUACCCCAGCCCGCUGGAGGCCAACAUCACCCUGUCCUGGAACAAGAGCGUGGAGCUGACCGACGACGUGGUGAUGACCUUCGAGUACGGCCGGCCCACCGUCAUGGUCCUGGAGAAGUCACUGGACAACGGGCACACGUGGCAGCCCUACCAGUUCUACGCCGAGGACUGCAUGGAGGCCUUCGGCAUGGCCGCGCGCCGCGCCCGAGACAUGUCCCCGUCGGGCGCGCACCGCGUGCUGUGCACCGAGGAGUACUCGCGCUGGGCUGGCUCCAAGAAGGAGAAGCAGGUGCGCUUUGAGGUGCGGGACCGCUUCGCCAUCUUCGCGGGCCCCGAGCUGCGCAACAUGGGCAACCUGUACGCGCGGCUGGAGAGCGCCAAGGGCCUCAAGGACUUCUUCACGUUCACCGACCUGCGGGUGCGGCUGCUGCGGCCCGCGCUGGGCGGCACCUAUGUGCAGCGCGAGAACCUGUACAAGUACUUCUACGCCAUCUCCAACAUCGAGGUCAUCGGCAGGUGCAAGUGCAACCUGCACGCCAGCCUGUGCUCGGUGCGGGAGGGCAGCCUGCAGUGCGAGUGUGAGCACAACACCACCGGCCCUGACUGUGGCAAGUGCAAGAGGAACUUCCGCACGCGCGCCUGGCGCGCCGGCUCCUACCUGCCGCUGCCCCACGGCUCCCCCAAUGCCUGUGCAGCUGCAGGCUCUGCCUUCGGCAGCAGCAGCAGGUCCUGGAAGGACCCCGCCCCCAGAGGCCCUGUGGCCACGCGGGGGGCACCCAUGACUUCCACCCCCUCCACAUCUACCACGCAGGCACCCACAGCCCCUAGCACUCCACAGCCCACAGACCUGACCAGGCCAUCUACAGUGGCCCCCUUGGGGCAGAGCCCCCGCUGGCCCCGGGGGUCCUCCCGGGCAGAAGCUGUGGGCACCUCUGCUGCUGUCCCUGCCCCUGCCAAGGGCUCCAAACUUUUCCAGCUCAAGCCCAAAUCUCCUCACGUGAUGCCUGUGGAAGAAUUCCCAGACUGUGAGUGCUAUGGCCACUCCAACCGCUGCAGCUACAUCGACUUCCUGAAUGUGGUGACCUGUGUCAGCUGUAAGCACAACACUCGCGGCCAGCACUGCCAGCACUGCCGCCUGGGCUACUACCGCAACGGCUCGGCCGAGCUGGAUGACGAGAACGUCUGCAUCGAGUGUAACUGCAACCAGAUCGGCUCCGCGCACGACCGCUGUAACGAGACCGGCUUCUGCGAGUGCCGCGAGGGCGCAGUGGGGCCCAAGUGCGACGACUGCUUGCCCACGCACCACUGGCGCCAAGGCUGCUACCCCAACGUGUGCGACGACGACCAGCUGCUGUGCCUGAACGGGGGCACGUGCCUGCAGAACCAGCGCUGCGCCUGCCCGCGCGGCUACACCGGCCUGCGCUGCGAGCAGCCGCGCUGCGACCCGGCCGACGACGACGGCGGCCUGGACUGCGACCGCGCGCCCGGGGCCCCGCGCCCCGCCGCCUUGCUCGGCUGCCUGCUGGGGCUCGGGCUGGCGGCGCGGCUGGGCCGCUGAGCGCGCGGCCCGGUGCUACUGCGGCCCGGCCCGCCCUCCCCGCCCUUCUGCUUCCCUCCCCUCCCCUCGCCCGCCCUGUCCUACCCGCCUUUCUUUUCUUUCUCACCUCUUACGCUGGCGGGGAGACAGGGUGCUGGGAGAGAUGCUGCUCGCCCAGCACCCCCAGACCCGUUGCCCCAGGACCGUCUCAACGCCCACUGCGCCCGGUCCUGGCCCUCCACCAGCCGGCAGACCUGACUCCAGAUGCCUACAACUCCAGUCGCUGACUUGAUUCUCUUUUAUAUUCUUUCUUUAUUUUCCUUUGCAACCCACCAGACCCCAGGCCUCACAGGCCUGGUCACCAAGGAACUGACCGUCUGGGGUUAGGGUAGAGAGAAGGGUCGGGUGGGUGGAGAUUUCCUUUUGUAGAGAACUAUUUUUGUUUGUAUUAACUGUCCCCUGUCAGGAGGGACUUGGGUGGGCACUGGUCACCGCAGUGGCGGACGAUGUAUAACCCAGCUGAGUAUAAAGAGUGUUCACUGCU